ACUGUCCAGGUUUUUACUCAGACAUUGGCAAGAAUGCCAGAGGUGGGAGCUCACUUCUCUCUUCUUCGUACUCUUCUCAGUAUUAUUCUCUUCUCAUUCUUCUGCCAAUUGCCGCCAGAUCUUCUGUACAAAGACUAUGCUCGUCAGCCGCCCAACUACUUCAAGUUUCAGUCGAUUAAGUGGAACUUUGAUCUCUCCUGUGAAACUCAAGAAAUCCUGCCCGGCCUCACAACACUCUUCAGAUUUACCAUUCCUGAUUCCAGCAAGGUGGAACUAAGGUUCAUAGAUGACUAUGUUGGUCUAACUGCAGGAGCUGGGGUGAAGGCAUCUAAACAAGGUCCCUUUUCAGGAAACUCAUACGACCCAAUCCUCAGCUUCUCUGGCCUUCUUGGAGCCAAUCUUUUCUCCAUUGGAGCAGGACUAUCCUUUGACGUGUUGAACAAAUCGUUGGACGACUUCAGUGCUGGUCUCUGCUUCAAUGGAACCACAUCCCCCAUCACAUCACUGAACUUGGAUGAUAAACUUGACACGUUAAGAGCCUCCUUCUACCAUUCCUUCAGCGACAUAACCAGGACAGCCGUUGCUGCAGAGCUAAAGCACUCUUUCUCAGGAGAUGGAGCUAGUACCUUGACGGUUGGCAUACAGCAUGAUCUGUUUGAGUUGGUGUUCUUGAAGGCUCGCGUGGACACGAAUGCCAAGUUAGGAGCGUUCAUACAGCUGGAUCUGUGGGAGAAGCUGAUGUUUGCCGCUUCAGCAGAGCUUGAGCUCAGAGCCAGUGACAACAACUGCAGACUCUCCAAGCCAACUAUUUUCCUCCAUAUCCAUCUUGUUCAAAGUGAGAGAACCACAACCACGAAUAUGCAUUGGAGGUUUAUUUUACUAAUGUACAUUAGCUUGGAGAAGACCAUCGCGAAUCUGAGAAGCAACAUCACGAACUGCACCAGGGCCAUGGGGGAUGAAGACAGCUGA